UUGCGGAACGGCUGCGGCCAUGACUGACAGCUGUAGUGAAUUCAGGUAGAAUAGAACCACAAAACCAACAACCGUUAGUUUCCAUUCAGAGGACUAGAGGACUUCAAGGUGUAGUGCAGGGAAAUAUGAUCCGCCAAAAAUAGAAGCUCUGCCUAUCUGCUGUGGAGGGCUGCAGACUGACGGAACUGGGAGGGAGUAGGGACACAGACGUUCCGCAGUCUGUGUGUAACCCGGUUAAAAAAGAGUGCUGCACCUGGAAAAUGCCGUUUGAGUAAAGCCCAUUCAAGGUAAAUCACUGCGACUGGGUCGUUCAUCAUUGAGGGGAAAUUAGGAACUCAGUCAGCCUGACAAUUGGAGGAAGGACGGCCGAGCUUCCCUCUGAUCAAGUUCCCUCUGUCCAAAAGAUGUCAACCGCCACCGCAGAAAGUGUAGGAGGUGGAACCAAACCCUCAAAGGAUCAUAAAAAGCCCACGGCGGCCGCCCUGAAAGGAGCCAUCCAGCUGGGCAUCGGUUACGCUGUGGGAAACCUCAGCUCGAAACCAGACAGAGAUGUUCUCAUGCAGGACUUCUCUGUGGUGGAGAGCGUUUUCCUGCCCAGUGAGGGCAGCAACCUGACUCCAGCACAUCACUACCCAGAUUUCCGUCUGAAAACGUACGCACCGCUGGCCUUUCGCUACUUCAGAGAGCUGUUUGGCAUCAAGCCAGACGACUAUCUGUACUCCAUCUGUAAUGAGCCUCUGAUCGAGUUGUGCAACCCCGGUGCCAGCAGUUCCUGGUUCUACCUCACCAGCGACGAUGAGUUCAUCAUUAAGACGGUGCAGCAUAAAGAGGCUGAGUUCCUGCAGAAGCUGCUUCCUGGUUACUACAUGAACCUGAAUCAGAACCCGAGGACGUUGCUGCCCAAGUUCUACGGCCUUUACUGCAUCCAGUGCGGCGGCAUCACUGUCCGCGUGGUGGUGAUGAACAACGUGCUGCCGCGCGCCAUCAAGAUGCACUACAAGUACGACCUGAAGGGUUCCUCGUACAAACGCCGCGCCUCACGCAAAGAGCGUCUCAAGUCCUCGCCCACGUUCAAAGACCUGGACUUCCAGGAGAUGCACGAGGGCCUGCACUUCGACCCCGAGACCUACAGUGCUCUGAUGAAGACCCUGCAGAGGGACUGUCGGGUCCUGGAGAGCUUUAAGAUCAUGGACUACAGUCUGCUGCUGGGGAUUCACAUUUCCGACCGGAAGCCGCUGAGCAGAGAAAGCCGGUGUGACAGCAGGCGGGGACAGAAAGUCCUCUACUCCACCGCCCUCGAGUCCAUCCAGGGGAACGCAAAGGCCCCCGAACCGGUGGCUGAUGAUGACACAUUGGGUGGAAUUCCUGCCAAACAUAAAGACGAGAACCUUCUCAUCUUUUUAGGAAUCAUCGACAUCCUUCAGUCCUACAGAUUCAUCAAGAAGGUGGAACACUCCUGGAAAGCUCUUGUACAUGAUGGGGACACGGUGUCGGUGCACAGGCCCAGUUUUUACGCGGACAGAUUUCUGAAAUUCAUGGGCUCAACCGUAUUUAAAAAGAUUCACCCUUUAAGAGGAGCAUCCUCAAAGAGGAAGAGGGGUUCCCUCUACGCAGGGAAGUCAGCCUCUCAGGAGUUUCUGUCCCCGCAGAAGGAGGAGAGGAAGGAGGAGAAGAAGGCUCAAAGCAUGGACAACCUGGAUGGAACCAUGUACAGUUCCUCCAGGCAACCGGACCUUCUUCCGAGAGUUUCUUUCAAGUCCACUGGAGAUUCUGAAGAGUACCUUGAAAACAGUGAGGAGCGGCGAGCCUCCAGUUCAACGAUCGCUCUGGACGAUCCUCUGCUGUCUCUCAGCAGGAGCCAAUCAGAGUCUGAACUGGACGUCUACUUGGCUGCCACUGGUUUUCAGUCGUUUCAGUAAGUGAGGAGCCGCCCGGACUUCUGACCUUUGACCUCCGGGUCCCACAGUGGGGAGACAUCAGGACCACACAUGUCCGUUUCUUCAUUGUGAGCAUCACUCGGUGACUUUCCUUUUUUGAGUCAAAGUAUAAAACAAAAGCCAAGCCACUGGUUCUUUUGUAGAAAUCCCAUGAUUAACAGAUGGGGAUACAGUCUGUGUUCAUGUGAUCACUGAAGCACUCUGUUACUAUAAAACACUAUGAAGAUGUUUCUUCUCCUGUUGUUUGCACUUUGCUGCUAAGUUAACAACAGUGCUAACAAAACAAAUUUCAGUUUGACCUCUUCUCUUGGCUGUCGGAAUUUCUGUGCAAAAGUUCAAAUAUUCUCAGCGGCUGGAUCCCUGAAGAAAUAGAUUGUAUUGUAACUUAAUUAGCAACAGGCAAAACCAUGCGGUUAUUUUUGAAAUCAUAUAAUUAUAUAGAGCCGUGUUGAGAUCAUUCUGGUGUCAGAAAUCUGAAUGAAAGAUUUAUCUGUGGAGACAUUCAUAAAUUCAUGAGUGAUGCAGUGUUUAUACUCUUAUAAAGAUUAUGUACAAUUGAUUUUAGAUUCCCAAUUUGCAUAAAAAAAUAUCAAUUCUACACAAUUAUAAAUGUAUUAUAUAUUCUCUGUGCAUUUUU